CAGCUGUUUACUGUUUUAAACGUUCAUCGAUCAGAUGGCGCUGUUAAUAAUUCUCGCAAAUAUCGUCUCGCAAGGAUUAUAUCCAAGGAUAUCCAUGGUAAAGGAAACAAAUAACAAUUAGGUGGAACUGGUAGGGAAAAAUACGAAGCGCGAGGAUAAGAAUGUUGAUGAACAUAAACAUGUUACUAUGUUCUUCCUAUUUGUGGGAGUCGCCGACUUACUUGUAUAGUCGGGAUACAGUUAAAUUGCCUACAUAUACUAAAUAUAGUUUCUAUUAUUUGUGUUAAAGACUUUGACAACAAUUUUGAAAAUAUUCACCACUUCCAUGAUGAUGGCUAGAACUGUAGUACACGGAUAAGAAAUGGCAAAGAAAAGUGUUGAAGUGCAAGUAUCUGAUAGUGAUUUUGCAGUUUAUCUUCGGGAAUCAGUUACAUAUGAGAUUAAAAUGGAAUCACGUUCCAAGAGUAGGUUGCGUGGCGUUGUUUUGAUGUGUGUUUUGUUAGCAGUGAGUGGGAUUGUCUACUUUGGAUACUUUUGCCCAGAACAAGUUUGUGCACUUACUUCUCGAGACACGAGUUGGUCGGACUGGACGUUUCGAUUUCCAAUUCAAGAUAACUUGGGAAAACCUUUACCUCUUCAUUCCAGCCCAUUCACCUCCAAAAUUUCAAGUCCUGGCCUAAGCUAUGAUGAUGUUUUGAAUGAGAACUUCCAAUUUGAUAUGAAUGCUCACGAUGUUAUGGUUUUCCUACACAUUCAAAAGACUGGUGGAACUUCCUUUGGUAGACAUUUAGUCCGAGACUUGGACUUAGAGAGACCAUGUUCUUGUCAAAGGAAAAGAAAACGUUGCUAUUGUUUCAGGCCAAAUCGUAAUGAGAUUUGGUUAUUUAGUCGUUACUCAACAGGCUGGAAAUGUGGACUUCAUGCUGACUGGACAGAGUUGACUAGCUGUGUUGAUUCUGAACUUGACAAAAAUGAAGGUGAUAGCAUCAAACGAAGAUAUUUCUAUAUAACAUUGUUGCGAGAACCCAUCAGUCGCUACCUGUCAGAGUUUCGACAUGUUCAGCGAGGUGCAACUUGGCGAAAUUCUCGACACUGGUGUGGUGGUCAUGCUGCUACACCUCAGGAACUGCCUCGUUGCUAUAAAGGCUCAUCCUGGGAGGGUGUUACACUUGAUGAAUUUGCAGCUUGCCGUCAUAAUCUUGCAGCAAACAGACAAACACGUAUGCUGGCUGACCUAGCCUUGGUGGGCUGUUACAACACGUCCUAUAUGCCGUCAGAUGCUGAAAGGAAUCGUGUCAUGUUAGCAAGUGCAAAGAGAAACCUGGCUGCCAUGGCAUUCUUUGGACUGACAGAAUAUCAGAAGGUCAGUCAGUAUGUUUUUGAGGAGACAUUCAAUCUACGAUUUGCAGUUCCAUUUGAACAAAACAACACAACUUUAUCGAGUGUAACACUGAGUACAAUCGGACGAGAUCAAAUAAAAAUGAUUCAACAACUGAAUAUGCUGGACCUGGAAUUAUAUGCAUUUGCUAGGAAACUGAUGUAUCAGCGCUUUGAAAGACUGCAGAAACGGGAUAGCCAGUUUCCUGAGAGAUUUUCCCAUCUGGGUGAACUGCCAGGCAGGCAGACAGAAGCUUUCAAUUGGGAUCAAGUUAUUGAUGGUGAUGACAACAGCAGUGUAACUCCACACAAAUGAUGAAAGUGAGAAUAAAUUAAGCGAUUGCAUCUGAAUCCCAAUAUAAGUGAACAGUGCACUUGAUGAAUUCUUGAAGACUGUAUCAGUUAAAGAUAGACUUCAUUGAAAAUGCUAUGAGAUACUAUGCUAGGGAUAUAAUAGUUAGCAUUUUGCACACAGAGGGAAAAUGGGACUGAAUUAAGGCCUUUAUGAACUGGCCAUUGAUAUUCCUGAUAACAGUGGCACUGGAUAUGUCAUUCAGCAAGAAUUUUUGGCUCCUGUUAUAAAAGAAAUCAUAUAUUCACAGUUCAGAAUUGAGCAGUAACAUACCCAUUCCUUUACCUCCAGUCUCAUCAAGACUGAUUGUUAACAGUGUUUCCAUUGUUUUAAUUGCUGUGUCUACACUAUUGUCUAUAGUUUGUGUCAACUAUUUAAAGUAUAUUAAAUGUGAAUUGCUUCAUUA